GGUCUGGUUAACACAGACGGAGCCGCGGCGGGUGAGACACUCGCUGGGCCCUCCAGUGUCGCGGAGAGGCAAGCGCAGCGCGCAGCACCUGUGCGCCCACAAGUCAGCCCGGGGACCGGCCGAGCUCCCGAGCUGCGGUAGAAAAGGGGAGCGAGCGGCCGAGGCGUGCGACGGCCACUCACCGCUGCGCCCGUUCGGAGACGCGGGGAGAAAUGCGGACGGGGUAGACAUGAGCCGGACUUACCUCCGAUGUUGGAUCUUUGCUUGGAAAAGCGUGUGGGUACGACCUUGGCUGCCCCCAAGUGUAGCUCCAGUGCUGUGAAGGUUCCAGAGUUGGCAGAGGAGACCGAGAAGACCAUGAAAAUGGACAUGAAGGACGCGGACAUGACUCAGUGGACAGAGGCUGAGUUUGAACUGAACUGUACCUACAUUGUCAACGAUCACCCCUGGGAUUCGGGCUCUGAUGGGGGGACCCCGGUGCAGGCAGAGGCCUCCUUACCCAGGAAUCUGCUUUUCAAGUAUGCCACGGACAGCAAAGAGAUUAUUGGAGUGCUGAGUAAAGAAUACAUACCACAGGGAACUCGAUUUGGACCCCUAGUAGGUGAAAUCUACACCAGUGAAACAGUUCCCAAAAAUGCCAACAGGAAAUAUUUUUGGCGGAUUUACUCCAGAGGGGAACUUCACCACUUCAUUGAUGGCUUUAAUGAGGAGAAAAGCAACUGGAUGCGUUAUGUGAAUCCGGCACACUAUGCCCAGGAGCAAAGCCUGGCUGCAUGUCAGAACGGGAUGAACAUCUAUUUCUACACCAUUAAACCCAUCCCUGCCAACCAGGAACUUCUUGUGUGGUAUUGUCGGGACUUUGCAGAGAGACUCCACUACCCUUAUCCUGGAGAGCUCACAGGGAUGAAUCUCACACCAACACACAGCAACCCAAAGCAAGCCGGUGCUGAUACAAAUGAACUCUGCCCCAAGAACGUUCCAAAGAGAGAGUACAGCGUGAAAGAAAUCCUAAAGAUGGACUCCAACCCUUCCAAAGGGAAGGACUUGUACCCUUCUAACAUUUCACCCUUCACUCCAGAAAAGGACCUGGAUGACUUUAGGAAAGUCAGGAGCCCCUUAUACCCUCGGGUGGUCUACCCCAUCCGGGCACCUCUGCCAGAAGACUUUUUGAAAGCUUCCUUGGCCUAUGGGAUGGAGAGGCCGACUUAUAUCACUCAUUCCCCGCUCCCAUCAUCUACAACUCCAAGUCCUUCCGCAAGAAGCAGCCCUGAGCAGAGCCUCAAAAGUUCCAGUCCUCACAGCAGUCCGGGCACCACCGUGUCCCCCGUGGCCCCUGGCUCUCAAGAACAUCGGGACUCCUACACCUACUUGAAUACACCCUAUGGCACCUCUGCGGAAGGCCUAGGCUCUUACCCUGGAUGCGCCCCUGCCCCCCACCUCCCACCAGCGUUCAUCCCCUCUUACAAUGCUCACUACCCCAAGUUCCUGUUGCCCCCCUAUGGCAUGAAUUGUAACGGCCUGAGCGCGGUAGGCAACAUCAAUGGCAUCAACAACUUCGGCCUGUUCCCCAGGCUGUACCCUGUCUACAGUAACCUCCUGGGAGGGGGCAGCCUGCCCCAUCCCAUGCUCACCCCAGCCUCCCUGCCCAGUUCCCUGCCCUCUGAUGGAGCCCGGAGGCUGCUUCCUCCAGAGCAUCCCCGGGAGGUGCUGGUCCCAGCACCCCACAGUGCCUUUUCCCUCACUGGGGCUGCAGCCAGCAUGAAGGACAAGACAUGUAGCCCCACCAGUGGCUCUCCGACGGCGGGGACAGCCGCCACGUCAGAGCACGUGGUACAACCCAAAGCUACCUCAGCAGUGAUGGCCGCCCCCAGCAGCGAGGAAGCCAUGAAUCUCAUUAAGAACAAAAGAAACAUGACGGGCUACAAAACGCUUCCCUACCCACUGAAGAAACAGAAUGGCAAGAUCAAGUAUGAGUGUAAUGUCUGCGCCAAGACCUUUGGCCAGCUCUCAAAUCUCAAGGUCCACCUGAGAGUCCACAGUGGAGAGCGGCCUUUCAAAUGCCAGACUUGCAACAAGGGUUUUACUCAGCUCGCCCACCUGCAGAAACACUACCUGGUACAUACAGGAGAAAAGCCACAUGAAUGCCAGGUCUGCCACAAGCGAUUUAGCAGCACCAGCAAUCUCAAAACCCACCUGCGACUCCACUCGGGAGAGAAACCUUACCAAUGCAAAGUGUGCCCUGCCAAGUUCACCCAGUUUGUGCACCUGAAGCUCCACAAGCGACUCCAUACCCGGGAGCGGCCCCACAAGUGUGCCCAGUGCCAUAAGAGUUACAUCCACCUCUGUAGCCUCCAGGUGCACCUGAAGGGGAACUGUCCCGUGGCCCCCGCCAGCGGACUGACCAUGGACAACCUGACCCGCAUCAAUGAAGAAAUCGAGAAGUUUGACAUUAGUGACAAUGCCGACCGGCUAGAAGACAUGGAGGACAGCCUUGACUUGACUUCUGUGGUGGAGAAGGAAAUUCUAGCUGUGGUCAGAAAAGAGAAAGAAGAAACUGACCUGAAAGUGGCUUUGCAAAGAAACCUGGGGAGCGGACUCCUCUCCUCGGGGUGCGGCCUCUAUGAGUCACCAGACCUUUCCCUCAUGAAGUUGCCUCGCAGCAAACCACUACCUCUGGUACCUGUAAAGGUCAAACAAGAAACAGUCGAACCGAUGGAUCCUUAAGAUUUCCAGAAAACAAGUGUUUUGUUUCCUUUCUUAAGUUAUGACUUGGGUGAGUCAGGGUGCCUGUAAGCAAACUGCUUGUACAUAAUUCCAGAUCUACAAAGAAAGCUCUCUUCUUGGCAGGUGGAUUUCCCUCACCUACCUGGAAUUAAAGAAGGACUCCAAAGUAACCGAAAUCUCAGGGCAUAAAUGAGGCAAAGACUCUCCAUAUACAUAUAUAUAUAUAUACAUAUUAUAUAUACUUAUUUACACCCAUGUCUAUAUAUUUGAACCUGUGUAUUUUGAAUAUUUGUGUGGAUAUGUUUGCAUAGCCUUCCCAUUACUAAGACUAUUGUCUAGCCAUAAUUAUUUUUUCAAUGAUAAUCCUUCAUAAUUUAUUAUACAGUUUAUCAUUCAAAAAAGCAAUAAUUAAAAAAAGUUUACAAUGACUGGAAAGAUUCUUUGUAAUUUGAGUAUAAAUGUAUUUUUUUUGUCUUGUGGCCAUUCUUUAUAGAUCAAUUUCUGCACAUCUGUUUAAGUACCUAAGAUAUCUAUGACUUCAGUCAACCUUUCUCUAUAUUGUUUUGAAAAUGAGGUUUCGGUAUUGCCAAAGUUAGACAUCUGGUGUGUUGACUCAUAGGAUCCUUUAUCAGCAUUGUAUAAUUUGGGGGUAUGUGUGCAGAAUAAUUACCCAAUAAUAACUUGAAUAGAAAGAACAAGAAAAGGAAUCUUCUAUGUUUCUGUGGAUAGGUUUUUAAAAACAAUGUUUGCAUUUAUACAAUUUUUACCAAAAAUAUAACAGGAAGGUUUUACCAACCUGUGUCUCAAAAAAAGUAAGAUUCCCUCCCUAUUCUCAAAUCAUAUGACCAUUGAGUGGCCACAUGACUUUUGCAUCCCAAUGUAUUAUCUAAAAAUGUGAAGAAGACAAAACUCCAUGUUGAAAACCACUGAGAAAUGGUCCCAGAGCACAGAGGGUUUGUGUGUGUGAGACUUGAGGGCUUCAGUCUGGGUGCCAUUUUAUUGUUGUUUUUUGUUUUUGUUUUUUGUUUUGUAAAUGUCAAAAUUGCACAAAGGUGGUGCUGUACUGGGAAGGAUUUGAAGUAGAUAGGCUCGGACCACAUUUAAAACACAAUCAAAAAACAGAAGGAAAACGGGUAUUGUGGUCAUCUUAGGUAAAAUGCGGGUAAUGAAGAUUCCUAUCCCCAACACAUUUAAUUAUAUUUCUUUUUUCUGUAAAACUCCACUUUCCUCAGUCUUUGUGUUUUUGCAUUUUAUCGUUAAUUUAACUGAAGCUGAAAGGGCAUUGCAAAGUUGUUCAACAAUAAUUACCUCAUUGAGUGUGUCCAGGAGUGCCGAAAGUGAUGUCUUUAGCUCAUGAUUUGCUAUUCUAGAGAAUACAGAGUAAAUGUGCUCCAGAAAGAUAGACCCAAUCUUUCUAUCUUUUACUGUGCUAUAAUAAGCCCAAAGAUUACCUGUUGGCAUUCAAAGUGUAGCAAAGAAUGGUGUAUAUUUAUAAAUCUAUUUAUACCACUAUACCAUGUGUAUGUAUAUAUAUAUAAUAUAUUUAUAACCACUUCAAUUGUGAGCCAAGCCAUGUAAAAGAACCUACUUUUCCUAAGAGCAAAAGAACCUCUUUCUGAGACUUUACUUCAAUCUGACACCUCUAACCAGAGAGCCUAAAGUUCCCAUGCUGGGGUUAGGACCACAUCACACCCAGAAAGAAAAGAGAUCCAUCAUUUGGGUUUUAAAGGAUUAUCUGAUUCAGGUGUGUUUUUGUUUUGCCAGGUUAUGAUUAUGUGGUCACUCACGGUCAAGUCACAGAAAUACAAAACUUACUAUGUUUUCACCACUCUGCUUCCUCUCCUCCUCUCCCUCCUUCCUAAAUACUAACACAUCACUAUUCAGCCUAUUUUAUAUGUUUAACAUUUUGUUCAUAUCAACUAAACAAACUUCAAACAAUCCAGGGAAACCUAAGAGCCUUAUUAUCUGUUCCUAUAACUCACAAGACUUUUUUUUUUUUUUGCCCAAAAGCCUAGCACAUGCUAGCAAUCACUUGACCCCUAAGCUAUACCCACAGCUCAAGACUGACAAUUUUUGAUAUAUCAGUGUUUGACAAACACAGUCUUUAAUUGUAGGUGAGCCAAAGCAUCACACUGACAUUGACACCAAAUGUUUUGAAUUCCCAAUGAACACCUGUGUUCUCCUUUUGUGUGUUCUUGUCUUUGAGAAUUUUUGUAAAGAUUUCUUCUCUUAUCACCUCUUUUCCUCUUAGGCCUCUUACAUGUGAAUGUUGAGCCCACAAUCAACAGUGGUUUUAUUUUUUUUUUCCUCUACUCAAAGUUAAAACUGACCAAAGUUAUUGGCUUUUUACUUUGCUAGAACAAAACUUAUCUUAUGUUUACGUACCGGUUUACAUUGUUAUUUAUGUGCAAAUUGUUAAAAAUGUAAAUUAAAUAUAAAUGUUCAUGCUUAAAACAA